GAUAUAUCUAAUAACCGACAAAUUGAAACCAUUUAACUAAUUUAGAUUUUACUGGAUUAAAUAGAAUUGAAAAAAUUUUUUGUUGUGGGCUUUUGGCUGCAAAUUAACAAGUUUAGAAUUUUUAAAAACUCUAAAUCCGGUCAGGUUGGUCACUCUCCGCAUGAACAACAACAAAUUUCCUGCCCAAGAUCUAAGUUGUUUUACUCCCUUUAUUAAUUUAGAGAGAUUAUGUAUCGUUAACAAUCCUUUUUAUGGUUCUUUAAAGCCAUUAAGGGAUUUCACCUAUUUAAAGGAAAUAGGUAUCGCUAAUACUGACGUUGAUAGUGGUUUGGAGUAUUUGCCUGAAAAUUUUUUCAAUUUCAAUGCCACCGCUUCUGAUUUGGGUUUGACGGGAGCUUACUUUAAAAGAAAACUUUAUUGUACGGGAAACUUGCUGAACAAUUAAAAGAUUACAAAAUAGAAAAUGAUCCUCUUAGAAAUUAUGACUGGCAAGCUUGGAAGAGAGAUAAUCAAAAAUUACAAAGCUAGAGAGCAAGCAAAACAAGAAGAAUUAA